CUGAGGAGGGCGGGGGGGAGGGGGUUGCAGGGAGGAACGUCUCCGCGCUCUGCGCUACUUUGUCCCUGCGAGGCCCCUGUACUACCCGCGGUGCCCAGGCUGGGCGGCUGUGGAGAAAAGUUUCUGCAUGCGCGAAGGGGCUGAAGAGCCGGCCGGGGACCGAGAGGCGGGAAAAAGCCGCCACGGCAGGGCCGCGGGGUCGGUGAGGGAAUGGGAACAUUUUGAAGUUACAGUGGUGUUUCGUGCGACCAAUCAAAUGUGAGUGUAUCAGGUACCUCCAGAAUUUCAGUACCUUCCCUGUCCCUCCGCAGUCUGCAUCAUCCUGAUCCCAAUCCGAACCUCCAAAUUCCACCCACAAGAGUCUGUAUUGCCAUGGUGCAAAAUUUGAUUUUAUUGGGAAGAAAACUUCACAGUGACCUUCAGCAGAGUAACUAGAAUAAUAACUCACUCCCUUCCAUGACAGUGCUACCUAUUUCAACAUGGUCCUCACUUUUUGAGCUUUUUGUUUUGCUUCCUUCAACAGUGGACACUGAGGUGCCAAUCUUUGUGCUACUGUUUAAUUUGCACAGCAGGAUCUACACGACCAAACAGAUGGCUGAUCUCAGUCAGGAAAAUACAACUGCAAAAUGUACAGAGUGUUGCACAUCAUUUGAACCAAGCAAUGUUGUGCUUUUUUGCCCCCGUUGCAAUAAUGGCACCAUGAGCCCUGAACAAGCUGUAGUAGAGAACUCAGAUUCACCAGCUACUUCAGUGAGUGAAUGUUCGGAUCCCGAAGACACCUUGUCAAAGAAACAAACAUCUUAUUUAGCAAAUAUGCCAAAGUCAGAACUAACAGACUCUCAGAGGAAAAUGCUCAUUACCACCCCAGGCAUUCGUGGCAGUAAUACAGAUUUCAAAGUUCCUCACACGCGAAUAGAAGAUGGAGCAGCAAUUCAGCAAAUUUAUUCAUUUGGAAGGAAAUUAGGACAAGGCAGCUUUGGUGUGGUGAUUGAAGUAACAGACAAAGAAACAGGCAUGAAGUGGGCAAUCAAGAAAGUGAACCGGGAAAAGGCGGGGAGUUCUGCAGUAAAACUACUUGAAAGGGAAGUGAGCAUCCUAAAAACAGUAAACCAUGAGCAUAUAAUACAUCUUGAACAGGUGUUUGAGACUCCCAAGCGUGUGUACCUUGUAUUGGAGCUAUGUGAGGAUGGAGAACUUAGAGAGAUUCUACAAAGAAAAGGUCAAUUUACAGAGAAUGAGACACGGCACAUCAUUCAGAGUCUUGCCUCAGCAAUAGCAUAUCUUCACAAAAGAGAUAUUGUUCACAGAGAUCUGAAAUUGGAAAACAUUUUAGUUAAAAGCAGUGACAUUGAUGAAGAAAAUGAAAUGAAAUUAAAUAUAAAGGUGACUGAUUUUGGUUUAGCUGUACAAAAGAUGGGAGGAAGUGAAAGCAUGUUCCAGUCUACCUGUGGGACUCCUAUCUACAUGGCCCCAGAAGUGAUCAGUGCACAUGACUAUAGCCAACAGUGUGAUGUUUGGAGCAUAGGUGUCAUUAUGUAUAUGCUAUUAUGUGGUGAUCCACCUUUUAUGGCAGGCUCUGAAGAAAAGCUUUUUGAACUUAUAAAGAAAGGAGAUCUUCAUUUUAAACAUUCAAUCUGGGAUACAGUCAGUAAGGCUGCCAAAGCUGUGUUGGAGCUGCUUCUGAGAGUAGACCCUGCCCACAGAAUGACUGCUAAUGAAUUGCUUCACAUCCAGUGGAUAACAGGUGAAACAGACAUUUUCCCAAGGCCAUGUAAUGUCCUAGAAUUGAUGAAGAAGUGGAAUAACGACAUCAACACAGACAAUAGAGAAGUAGACCUUCUGGAAGUUGAACUGAAUGGCGCAUCAUCAACUUCACAACAAGAAAUCCGUGAAGAACAUGAUAGACUUGCUAGCAGCAAUGGCAACUUAGAGGCCAGUAUAGAAAGAGAAACAGAGAGUGGGAGCAGCAAACCCUCCACGCCGACAAAACAAGUAAAAGUUAACCUGACUCAUAAGAAAAAAACACACAGCAACACUUUACCAAAUGGGACAUUGCGGAAGAAAAGUUCAUAUAACAAGUCAGCUUCCAACAUUCAGAGUAGUGGAAGUGGGUCGGUCUCUCCAGGAUCAGUUGUGAAACGGAUGCAGGAUAGCCAAGAGAAGAAAACUGAAAUGGAAAAGUCUUCCUUUUCUCUGAGUCAUGGGUCUCCAAGCAAAAGUUCACAAAAAUCAACUACCCUUAGUGGCCUACUCAAAACGAAAAAGAAAUCUUAGGGGGUAUCCAUCAACUCAAAGCAAAGUUCUUACGAAGUAACUAGUGCCGAUGCCAAAAUGUGGCAGCUUUAUAAAAAGGACCAAUGUAGCCUGAACUCUUUUUGCCUUUUUUUGUCAUUCUGAGAUCUAUAAUCAUCAAGAGAGCUCUAGCUUCACAGUAGUGCUGAUAAAAGUUCUGAAGCAGUGUGAAUUCCUAACCUAUGUGAGGGCAUCCACUGGUCGUAUUACUUUCAGAGCAAGAGCACAGAAUUGUGUAAAAAUCGGUCUUUUAUUUAUUGUAUUGUUCAGGCAAACGACUGGUUUCUUUCAAUCUACUUUCUAUGUUUUUCCUAAAUUUGCUUUGUAUUGUCACAAACAUUUGUUGCGUGGGGGAAUAAGGAGCCAAAAUAUGUAAUGGCUCGGUGGUAUGUAUGUAUUUAGAUUGUGCUUAUAACCCUGUAGGCAUUAUAACUUGUGUACCAAGGUCAAUGGAUUUUGUUUCUGAUAUUUUUAUGGCACUUUAGUUUGUUUAGAAAACAUACUUUAAACAUUUUUAGGUAUUAUGAAAACUGCUGAGGUUCAUAUUGCUGCUAAAACUCUUGUGUGUUCAAAUAAAACAGAUCUUAGAAAAAUAUUUUUCACAUGCUAGUUAAUCUUCAUUUUUGAAAGGAUGGAUUGUGCCGCAGAAGAAUCAUAUUUUUGUAAUAUGAUUCUUUUCUUUUAAAGAUAAAGCUCUUUUUGCUUGAAGUUCUUUCAUUAGAUUAUUCUUGAAUGCUUACACUUGACACAUUUUGCACUGUGAAUUAUUCAGGCUGUCAGGCUAAAUAUUUGUGUAGUGGUCUCAUUCAUAUGCUUAUAUAACAUUUGGUUCUUUUCAAACUUUUGUGGAAAAUUGAGUGUAGGUCUUCCCAUGAUUGCAAGCAACCGUGGGUCCUCAGUUUAUGCAGAAAUACCAGGUACUUCAGUGAAGCCUGUGAAUGAAGCAGAUUUCAUUCUUCUUCUGUCACCUUCCCAAGAUGAUUAUGGAGGGCAAUGCCAAGGGCCCAGUUCCAUGUAAGCUGCAGGUUCCCCAGAGGUUUCUAGUUCCUGGUACCUGCAUGUGACUUAAUGUGGGCACGCUGCCACUCAGACUUUUCAAGCCAAUGAUGGCAUUUUAUAUGUUCACAAUAUCAUUUUGGAUUUAAUUUGUAUGACUUGAUAAAUAAUUCGAUAUGUCCAGAUAAAUAGUUGGAUACAUCCAAACUUUCCCCAAAUAUGUAUGGGUGAUAAGGAGGUUGCCUCUUUCUACUUCAGAUCUUGAUGUCUUACCUUUACUUCAUGGGAAGAAUUUAAUAUUUUACUAUUAAUGUGUAUUAGUAAAGUUACAAAUGUUAUAACCAUUUACAUUAAAGUACUUCUCUUAAUUUAGCUGGUCUUAAAAAUUACACCCCCCAAAAAAAUACAUUCAGGCUAUUUUCAGCAAAACCUUGACCCAGAUACUGGAUCUGACAGCCUCUCUGGUUUGAUACGAAAUGGUCAGAGUAUCUUAAAAAGUCGAACUAGCUUUCUGAGUCUCCUGACAGAGGUGCAAUAGGUCCCUUUUGUUCUAAAAGACCAGAUCUAGUUGGCUAUUAGCUCUUGGCACCAGUUAUUUUCCUUUAGUCAGAUAAUUGCUUGUAGGGUAUGCCAGGACAUGCUCUAUUAGAGCUGCAAAGGCAUCAUUAGCCAGCCUCAGGUCAAUCCUACCUGAUCGCAGGACUGGGUUAGUUGCAAACUGACUAUGUAGCGUUAAGGCCGAUUCUAUUUUGUGUUCAAAUAAGUCCUUGACUAUUGUAAAUGGAAUUUUAAUGACUGGGGCUGAUAUAUACUGUGCCCUUUGCUCUUUUGUACCCUGGACCCAGGGACAUAUAGAAUUUUAAAUAAAAGAAAAUAUGUCAGUCACGUUACCUCACAACUGGGAGGACUUGUUUACGUACUUAUUUAAAUACAUAACUUUUGCUUUGUUAUGAUGAAACUUUGGGUAGCCUCUUCAGUGCACUGCUUUUAUAGUGGCUAGUAUCUUGGUUUUGAAGUUGGAAAAUCCAGGGCCAAAUCGCCAUUUACCUUGAAGCUUAAUGGAGCAUCCUUGGGAAUGUCACUGUCUCUUAGUGCUGCUAUGAAAUUAUGGGAGGAAGGUUGGGGUAGAGAUGCAAAAGUUAACACCACACCACCAUAUACUCAAAAGCUUUGCCCCCUUAAAAGUAUCUAAACCUUAGAGCGCUUUAUAUUAAAAUGACAGCUUGCCUAUGCUAAUGCUUGUAUAGUUUGUAGUCAGUUGCACCACUGGGAAAACUGGAGGAAAGUACCCAAUCUGACAAGGCCUUAAUCAACAGCAGUCUGAUCCUUUAAAAAUGCAAUACUAGUUCAUUUGUUCAGCCUAUCUACAUGAAAAUUUGAUAGAUACAAUCACCUUGAAGAAUGUUUCAAAUAUUCAUGCUAUCUAGAGAUACAACAGAGAACCUUUCUACUUAUGUUUUAAAAAGGGGGCCUGUGAGCCAUGCAAGCAGCUUUCACAAGUAUUAGCUUUGUUACACUGUAGAAUUUUACUAAUGAUGUAUUGAACCUAGUUAGUGAAACAGCUGUGGCUGGCUUUUACAAUGUAUUUAUUUUGUAGAAUGCAUACUUUCUGCCCACACUCAGUGCUACACAAGAAAGAAAUGAGAUACAUGAAAAUGCCAAGCUAAAACGACUGUUGAUGAUCCCCCCCUCCCCCAGAAUUUCCUCAGAGUCAGGAGAAAAUUAUGUCUCAGGACUGAAUUUGGUACAUUCUGCACUGCUUCCUCACAUUGUAUCGUAUCACAUCAGUAGGUAAAACUGUACUUUAUUAAUAUAUGGUUUAGAUUCCGUGCUGGGUGCACAAUAUCAUUUAUGAGUAGCAGCAAGAUAUAUGUGGAAGUGUUCACAUUAUUCUUGCUCCACCAGGGUACAGUAGCAGUGUUGUUUCAAUGUCAUUUCUAAAAAGAUUUAAGAAUUACUCCAUAAUUUUGUUUUGCUUUGACUCUAUCUGCAUAUCAUAUUUGUACUGGUGAAAACAUAAUUUGGAAAGGAUGCAGAAUAGUUGUGUAUAUUGUGUGACUUGAUAUACAAGAGCUGCAGGGUUACAUUCUACUCCUGUAUUACAUGCUACCAUCCUAGGCACAGGUGCUAUCCAAUGUUUUCUUUAAGUUACAGCAGCUGUUGUUCAAUUUAGAUGGAGGAAAUUUCAUACAGUGCUUGUUUUCUUGCUCUGUGCAAGUUACAUACUUAACAGAUUCCUUCAUACCCUGUCACUUAAAUUGUAUCCUUGGGAUUUGGAUAAGUAGUUACAGCUGCUUUUAACAAACAAAUGGUAUCAAUUUGAUCUGAUUUACUUAGAACAAUAGGGAUAUUCCAGGAUUCAGAAGUGGGAAAUAGCAUUCUGUGUGUGGGCAUUGCAGAAAAAAGACCAGAAAAAAAUUCUCAUGGAUGUGGGGUGUGGGAUGGUUGGGGAUGAUGAGAGUUUUACUACAGCAACAUAUGGAGGGCCAAAAAUUAACCAGUCCUGGUCUAGGAUCUAUAUUUUUGGGGAAACGAUAUGUCUCCACUUUCCCUCCCUUUCAUCUUCAGAGAAGGCAUUCUUUCUGCAUUGUACUUACAUUACCUCCUAUAGUAACAGGGAAAUGAAGGGGAGAUUCGCAUUAUAAGAGAGGAGGGGAUUUUUGUUCCCCCCAAGGGUUCUUGAAAAGGGGUAUCGCUGUGGAGAAGGGAAGAACAUUAUUUUAAAGGCUGCAUAAGCUUGCAUAUGAUACAGAAGAAAAUUCAUUUCACAGAAGAAGAAAAAGAAAGCAUUACCAAAACUGGAUGGGCAUCUGAGUAGAGGGGGAUUGUGUCUUUUGGACAUCAUGAACCUGCUCACAACAUUAUAUAUGUACAUUGCAGGAGUAUCGGUUUCGAUAACUGCCUUGAAUUUGGGAGGAAGUGAAGUGAAUUAAUGUUUUGUGGCAGGCAUCAGGAGUUCCUCAGUAAGCAAAUGAGGUAGAAAACAUUAAAGCUGUCUUACAACAAAAGAGCUGCAAGUCAAUAUUGGUUUUCCUGAAAAAGAAGUAAUCUAUUCUAGCUUUUAUUGGUGAACUCUCACCAUUUGCUCUCACCAAUAUAACUGUUUAUAGGGCUAGCAUUCUCUUACUUAACCCAUUCUUUUACUAACACAGGGAUAACCAUAUCCUCCUCUAUGUCUCAAGUUGUUUCUGUUGCUAGGGAUGCUUAUGAUCAGGUUAGGCUGCUUCACUAGCUAUUUCUGGAGCAGGGUAGCCUGUCCUCUGCUCUGGUGACCUACUACCUGGGCUACUGUAAUGUGCUCUAUGUGAGGCCUUCCUUGAAGAUGGGUUGGAGGCUGCAGCUAGUGCAGAAUGUGGUUGCACUGGCCGCUAACGAACUACUGUGCCCAAUUCAAGAAGUCAGUACUUGUGUACAAAGCCCUAAUUGGCUGGGGCUCAAAUACCCAAAAGAGUGUCUUCCUUAAUAUCAGCUGGGAGAUUAUGUUGGUGGUGCCAUUGCUGGGUGCUCCCUGGUUGGCACUGACCCACGGCAGGGCUUUCUCGAUGACCCUUCCCUGUUUGUGGAAUGUCCACCCUGGCAUGAUGCAUCUGUGUCCCUCAUUAUUAACUUUCAGGACAACUUUGAUGACAAAUAAUGCUUCCUUGCAACUUUAAAAUUAUCAACUCCAAAAGCAUGUCACUCCUUUCCAUAUUUUUAGAUGUGUUUAUUUUUUUUAAGGUUUGAAACAUUUACUUUUUUUUUUAGUUGUUUGUAUUUAUCAUUUGAUCUAUGACUUUGGUGUCUGCUAGCCUGGGCUCCUUUGAGAAGCAAAGCGGGACAGAAAUUUAAUAAAUAAAUUUUAUAGGUCAAUUUGUUUUAACUGAAACUGAUUUGUAUGAUACCAUGGAUUUGCGUAGCUUGUUAAAAUUAUAACAUCUAAAUAUUCUGUGAGCCCAUAUAAGUUUAAAAUCUACUGCUCAGUUAUUUCCACAGUAGUUUCCUUACUGGCUCCAUCAAAUUCAGGACAUUCAAUGAUAAUUUAAAUAUACAUUUUUUCCAGUUUGAAGUGCUGGUCCACAGCUAAAUCUAAUGAUUUAUAUGUUCAUGUGUGAUGGAUGGAAUAGUAUCUACCCUUAUUUUUACUGGACGUUUCUGCAAAGGUCUAAGGGAUUGUUUAUAUCAACAUAGGUUUGGCUAUGUUGGCACCAGAUAUAUUUCACAAUUGUCCAUGUCUGAGUGCCCUUGCCUUUCUGCUCUGUAUGUCCAUUGAAUAAAAAAUAAAGUCAGUCAG